AUGAGAGCAAAUAAAAAACCAUCUGGUGGAAUUAUUGCUGCUAGAUCUGAAAUGGAUGAACCAAUUCUUAAAUUGGCUAUUAGAGAUGUUUUAUUGUUGGAAGGAUUGGAUGAUACUAUUUUAAAUUCACCAAAGAAUAACUUACAAGAUGCAUUGGUUCUCAGGAAAUUAAAUAUUGAUUUCCAAAAUCCUUGGAUUGUCAAGCUUCAAUAUAUUAGCCAGAAACUGGUGACCGUUGUUGAUCAAGAUAUUGGUAGAACUUGUAUUUUACAUUGUUCAGUUGCUGCUCAAAAUAAUACAACAUCAUGUUGUUAUGCUUCUAGGAUUUACCGUAAUGGUUCUUCAGUUGAAUUUGAUUCGUGUGCUGUUACAGCAGUCAAAACUUUACGUGCCAAUGGUACUAAAACUAUCAUGGUUAACUAUAAUUCAGAAACUGUUUCAACUAAUUAUGAUGAAACUGAUAGAUUAUACUUAGAAACUAUCAACUUGGAACGUAUCUUCGAUAUUUAUGAAAUUGAACAAUCUUCAGGUGUUAUUUCUUUACCAUUAGUUGAAAUGGAUGCUCUUGCUAAAGAUGGUAACUUGAUCAUGCAUGUUGUUUCAGAACACGUUGGAAAUGCUGGUGUUCACUCUGAAGAAUGUGUUAAAGUUCCUCAAUUCUCAUUUUCACGUUUAUCUGGUGCUGAUCCAAUUCUUGUUGUUGAAAUGGCCUCUACUGGUGAAGUUGCUACAUUUGGUCAUAACAAAUAUAAACUGAAAUUAUUACCUUCAAUUAGACGUUUAAGUGAAUUAGGUUACAAAAUAUUUGCCACUGCUGGUAUUGCUGAUUUCACCAAAGAACAUGGUAACCCAGUGCAAUAUUUGAAAAUUGUCAAUGAUGACGAAACUCAAAGAUAUGAAUUUUCAUUGAAUCAUUUGGCCAAAUUUGGUUGA